AUGCCACCGGGUUAAUUGUAAAUCAUUAUCUGAUAAAUUUUAGGCAAAAGAACAAACAAUAAUAAAGAUCUGUGCUGACAUCUUAAAAAUUAGAAUUAUUAAACGAGAAUCGUAAGCUACUUAGCCACAUUUUCAAUAUGGGAAAUUCGCAUGCAUAGCACAACCUGCAUAGAGCUAUGCUUAGGUAAUUAUUUUGUUUAAUAAUCUUGAUAGAAUGAGAGCAGCAAUGAUUGAGAAAAAAAUUGACGUCUCUAAGAUAUCCAAAAAAAUUAAAGGAAAAAUUGUUUCUUAACUAUUGAGAUAUGAAAGCCAUACAUCUCUUCAUGAAGCAUUUUUUAGGUAUAAUAAUUAAUUAUCAGUAAGAUGGAAAGUACGAGCCGACCCUGAAAUCGUUAAGAAAGCAGUUGAUUAGAUUCUACUCAACUCUAGAUUAAACGAAUUCAAUGCUUUUCAUAAGUUGAAAAAUCUUAUAGGGUAUGAAUUAUAAGAUGUGUUUUAGUCUAAAAGAUCCUUAGAAAAAAAUGAAUGCAAAAAAAAGAAAAAAUAUGUGCUUAAUAAAUUUAGCACUUUUCCUUUAAAAGAAAGACUUUUAACUAAAAACUGCAGCUAUCUCUGCCUUAAAACCAAAAAAUUAAGAUUCAGAUAAAAUGUUAGGUUUGCUUUUAUGGAGUAUAAGUUCUAAACAUAGAGAAAGAUAUUUAAGAGAGAAAUUUAAUUGGUGGAGACUGUUUUCAAAGGUAAAAUCUGAUAAAUUGUAAAAAUAAUUGAAAGCUUUAGAGAGAUUAGGAGAUGAGUAUAAUAUGAGAAAUGAUCGAUUAGAUAGAUAAAGACUUAAAGAGGUAUGAAUAAUAGAUUAUUGAUAGGCUUUUGAAAAAUGGAGAGGAGAUUUAAUGAAUUUUAGACUCAAAAAAAAGUUCUUUUCUGUAUUAUUAAAGACAACAUUUGGUCGAUUAUAAAGAUGUUAUACAAGAUGGGUUGAUCUGCCUGACAAAAGGGAAAAUGACAUGAAGAAAUAAGGAAUGUUAUUAAUAACUAAAUUAUCAAAUAAAGCUGACUAAAAUAAACGACUAGUUUGGAAUUCUUUUAAGACCAUUGAUGAUGAUGCCAAAAAUAAGAAAACCAAAGUCAUCAGAGAAUUAAUUGAAGUUACUUUUAAUCAAUCCUAUACAGCUUUUUAUAAAUGGGCAAAUUAUAAUACGUAUGCCAAACUAACUGAAACCAACUUAAAAAAAAUUAAAGCCUUAUAAGCUAGUGCAAAUGUGACUUAAUAGUUAGUAAAGUUGGAAACAUUUAAACUAUUCGGAUUAAGUUAAAAGGCUGAAAUAUGUUCAUUUCUAAAUAAAUUAAUAUUAAAGAUACAAUAAAGACAAAAAAUGGAUGCUCUAAGAUAAAUCGAAAAUGUGUCUAUGUAAAAAAAAAUGCAGGAGAAAUUAGAUAACAUAAAUAAAUAAGAAAUUAUUUCAAGAUUAGGGGAUACAGCCAAUAAAACAGAAAAAGGAUUGCUUAGAUAAGUUUUAAGAAAAUUUGCAUUAAUGAGAGAACAAUCAGAAAUUAAGAAUAAAUACUUUGGUAGAAUUAUUUUAACAACAAGCGGAAUGGCUAUGGAUGCAUUUCGUAGAUGGAAAUAGUUACCUGACCCUUCUGAAUAACAAAUGCUACAAAAUGUUUCAAAAUUCUAACUUAGACUUCAAUUCCUUUUUAAAUAGAGAGUAAAAUAAUCUUUUGAUCCAUUAAAAGAAGUGUAUUAUUAAGGUAUCUAAUGUAAAAGAUUGUGUGUUAAAUAAAUGUUGGUUAAAUAAUUAAGUGCCCCAUAAAGAUUUUUACGUUAAUGGUAAUCCAUGAACAAAAUUUAUAAAUCUGUUAUAGCGUGUUAAAAAACAAAUAACUUUUUUGAUUCUUUAUAAGAAGUUUUGAGAAAUAACAUUAGAGCAUUUUUAUAUACAAGAAAGGAUGCAGAGGCUAAAGAAAGGUGUUUAGUAAAGUUAAUGUCUUCAUUUACGAAUAAUUUGAUGAUAGCAUUUCUAAAAUGGAAAAAUUACAAUAAAUAAUAAAAGAUUUCAGAAAAAUUGGGAGAUGAAAAAAAAAGAUUUAUGUUAAUUAACCUUCAAAGAUUUAUUAAAAAUGAUAAUUUGAAUAGAUUAAGAAGGAUCUUAAGGCUCUUCUACAAUGAGUAACAAGUAAAUUAGUUGAUUAAGAAAAUACAUCUUCGAGUUCUUCAAACAUAAAUAGGAUAAGUUGAAUUAUCAUUUUAAAAAUGGAAGUCAUUACCUGGAGAUGAAGCUUUGAAAAAUUAGGCUAAAGUAAGUAAAUUUGCUAUUUCUCUUGGUAAAAUUGCUUAUAGAUUUAUUAAAUUAAAUUCCUGGGAUUAACUAGAAAAUGAAUUAUUGGAUGGGUAGGCCAAAAAAAAAUUUUGCAUCAAUAAAAUAAUUGCUGUUACCCAAAGUGACUUAAAAAAAGCAUUUUUAUUGUGGCAUCGAAAAGCUUGGGAGAUGAAAAUGUUUGAUAAGUUUUCUUAACUUAAUGUUACUUUAAAUGAUUAGAUAGUCAAAUAAAAAUUGAUUGGAUGGAUAAAUGCAGGAUCUAAAGUAAAGUUUCAUGCGUUAACUGAAGUAUUAAGAAGAUUUAAUAAAAAUGCUGUUGAAUAAAAUCUCAAAAGAAAAGCUUUAGCAAUUAUAAAUAGAAAUACAAUAUCUUAAGUUUGGCUGUCAUUUAAUAGAUGGAAGUAGUUACCCGAAGAUAAUAAUGAACUUUAAGUUAAAGCAAGUGUUUUUGAAAAAUCACUAAAUAAAUAUAUAAUUCAUAUGGCAAGAAAAUGCACAUGGAAUCCAUUAUAAGAAGCAUACGAUGAUGCGUUGGCUAUUAAGAAAAGAGCAGUUUUACUAAUGAUAAAAACUUAAGAAUCAGAAUAAUAAAGAACAUUGGAUUAAUGGAACAAAAAUGUUUAAUUAAUUAAAGAAGUUGAGAAAUGUAAAUUUGUUAUCAAUCUUUUUGGAUUUUUAGGAUUGCAUAUUAAAAACAACAUUGCACCUUUGAAACCAGAUGAAGAAUCAUAAAAGAAAGAAAAAGCAUUGCUUAGACUUAUUGGUAACUUUGAUAGCAACUUAAGAUAUUUCUUUAUGAAAUGGUAUAAUGAUGGAAAAUUGUUGAAAUUAUAGGGAGCUAUGAAUGAAGAGAAGAAGAAAUUGUUAUUAGAAGCUAUCAAUAAUUUCUCAAAGAAUAAUGACUUUGCAAAAUUGAGGGCAAUACUUGCUAAAUUCAAAAGAAAUUCAAGCGUCACUGCUGUUCAAGAUAGAUUCUUUGCUAAAUUGUUUGCAACAUAAUUUGGAGGUGCUAUUGUGGCUUUCUAAAAAUGGAAGAAUUUACCUGAACCAGUCAACACUGAAUAAUUAAAGAAUGCAAGAAAAUUUGAGAGAACAUUAGACAUUCUUUUCCACACUCACUUAAAGGUGUCAUUUGACCCAUUAAAAGAAGAUUAUAUGGAUGCUUAAAAUAUAAAGAGAAUGUGUUUAAGAAAGAUUUUUGAGAAGAGUAUGAGUGCUCAUAAAAGAUUAUUCUUACUUUGGGCAUAAUAAAAUAGAUAAGCUAAAUAAAUUGAAUUGUGCAAAUUAACUACAAGUUUAUUUGUAGGCUUAGCUUAAAUUGUCACUGCCAAUGUUCAACCAAUCAUGUAAAAUCCUCGUGAAGCUUAAACUAAAGAAAAAGCCUUACAUUUAAUAUUCUAAGGGUAAACUGAAAAUUUACUAAGAGCAUUCUUUAAAUGGAGAAAUUGGGCUUAAUAGGAUAGAAUGAAAAAUAAUUUUUUGAAUGAAAUUUAAUCUGAACAACGAAAGGAAUUAAUAGAUAGGUUAUAAGGAUUCUGUAAUGGAAAUAAAUUAAACUUAUUUAGACUUAUUUUAGCUAAAUUCUCGUUAGCUCAUAAGAAAGAGAAAUUGAUUCUUUAAAUUAAUGCAAGAAUUUUAAGAACUUAAAUAGGAGCAGUUUGGGAUACAUUUAACAAAUGGAAGAAUCUUCCUGAGGCUAAUGCUGAAGAAUUAAUUAAAGCAAGCAAAUUUGAAGCAUAAUUAAAUAAAUUUGCUCUUCAUAUAUGGAGGAAGAGAACCUGGAACCCUCUUUAAGAAGUUUAUGAUGAUGCACAAGCUUUAAAGAAGAGAGCCAUAAUUUUAAUGAUCAAGACACAGGAAUCAGAAUAAUAAAGAGCAUUGGACUAAUGGAACAAGAAUGUUGGUUUAAUUAAGGAAGUAGAAAGAUGCAAAUGCGUCAUAGGAUUGUUUGGAUUUAUAGGUUUACAUAUCAAGAAUAACAUUGCACCUUUGAAACCAGAUGAAGAAUCAUAAAAGAAAGAAAAAGCAUUGCUUAGACUUAUUGGUAAUUUUGAUAGCAACUUAAGAUAUUUCUUUAUGAAAUGGUAUAAUGAUGGAAAAUUGUUGAAAUUAUAGGGAGCUAUGAAUGAAGAGAAGAAGAAAUUGUUAUUAGAAGCUAUCAAUAAUUUCUCAAAGAAUAAUGACUUUGCAAAAUUGAGGGCAAUACUUGCUAAAUUCAAAAGAAAUUCAAGCGUCACUGCCGUUCAAGAUAGAUUCUUUGCUAAAUUGUUUGCAACAUAAUUUGGAGGUGCUAUUGUGGCUUUCUAAAAAUGGAAGAAUUUACCUGAACCAGUCAACACUGAAUAAUUAAAGAAUGCAAGAAAAUUUGAGAGAAAAUUAGAUAUUCUUUUCCACACUCACUUAAAGGUGUCAUUUGACCCAUUAAAAGAAGAUUAUAUGGAUGCUUAAAAUAUAAAGAGAAUGUGUUUAAGAAAGAUUUUUGAGAAGGGUAUGAGUGCUCAUAAAAGAUUAUUCUUACUUUGGGCAUAAUAAAAUAGAUAAGCUAAAUAAAUUGAAUUGUGCAAACUAACUACAAGUUUAUUUGUUGGUUUAGCUUAAAUUGUAACUGCAAAUGUUUAACCAAUCAUGUAAAAUCCUCGAGAAGCAUAAGCUAAAGAAAAAGCUCUUCAUUUGAUAUUCCAAGGUUAAGCUGAAAACUUAAGCAGAGCUUUCUUCUUGUGGAGAAAUAAAACUUAAUAGGAUAGAAUGCAUUAGAACUUUGAAGAUGCUUUAACAGUUGAGAAGAAAAAACAAUUGACAGAAUAAUUAGUAUAAUUUGAACAUGGCAAUAAAUUCGCUCUGUAUAGAGCAAUUCUUGCAAAAUUUUCGUUAGCUCAUAAGAAAGACAAACUGAUUCUUUAAAUUAACUCAAGAAUGUUAAAAACUCAAUUAGGAGCAGUUUGGGAUACAUUUAACAAAUGGAAGAAUCUUCCUGAGGCUAAUGCUGAAGAAUUAAUUAAAGCAAGCAAAUUUGAAGCAUAAUUAAAUAAAUUUGCUCUUCAUAUAUGGAGGAAGAGAACCUGGAACCCUCUUUAAGAAGUUUAUGAUGAUGCACAAGCUUUAAAGAAGAGAGCCAUAAUUUUAAUGAUCAAGACACAGGAAUCAGAAUAAUAAAGAGCAUUGGACUAAUGGAACAAGAAUGUUGGUUUAAUUAAGGAAGUAGAAAGAUGCAAAUGCGUCAUAGGAUUGUUUGGAUUUAUAGGUUUACAUAUCAAGAAUAACAUUGCACCUUUGAAACCAGAUGAAGAAUCAUAAAAGAAAGAAAAAGCAUUGCUUAGACUUAUUGGUAAUUUUGAUAGCAACUUAAGAUAUUUCUUUAUGAAAUGGUAUAAUGAUGGAAAAUUGUUGAAAUUAUAGGGAGCUAUGAAUGAAGAGAAGAAGAAAUUGUUAUUAGAAGCUAUCAAUAAUUUCUCAAAGAAUAAUGACUUUGCAAAAUUGAGGGCAAUACUUGCUAAAUUCAAAAGAAAUUCAAGCGUCACUGCCGUUCAAGAUAGAUUCUUUGCUAAAUUGUUUGCAACAUAAUUUGGAGGUGCUAUUGUGGCUUUCUAAAAAUGGAAGAAUUUACCUGAACCAGUCAACACUGAAUAAUUAAAGAAUGCAAGAAAAUUUGAGAGAAAAUUAGAUAUUCUUUUCCACACUCACUUAAAGGUGUCAUUUGACCCAUUAAAAGAAGAUUAUAUGGAUGCUUAAAAUAUAAAGAGAAUGUGUUUAAGAAAGAUUUUUGAGAAGGGUAUGAGUGCUCAUAAAAGAUUAUUCUUACUUUGGGCAUAAUAAAAUAGAUAAGCUAAAUAAAUUGAAUUGUGCAAACUAACUACAAGUUUAUUUGUUGGUUUAGCUUAAAUUGUAACUGCAAAUGUUUAACCAAUCAUGUAAAAUCCUCGAGAAGCAUAAGCUAAAGAAAAAGCUCUUCAUUUGAUAUUCCAAGGUUAAGCUGAAAACUUAAGCAGAGCUUUCUUCUUGUGGAGAAAUAAAACUUAAUAGGAUAGAAUGCAUUAGAACUUUGAAGAUGCUUUAACAGUUGAGAAGAAAAAACAAUUGACAGAAUAAUUAGUAUAAUUUGAACAUGGCAAUAAAUUCGCUCUGUAUAGAGCAAUUCUUGCAAAAUUUUCGUUAGCUCAUAAGAAAGACAAACUGAUUCUUUAAAUUAACUCAAGAAUGUUAAAAACUCAAUUAGGAGCAGUUUGGGAUACAUUUAACAAAUGGAAGAAUCUUCCUGAGGCUAAUGCUGAAGAAUUAAUUAAAGCAAGCAAAUUUGAAGCAUAAUUAAAUAAAUUUGCUCUUCAUAUAUGGAGGAAGAGAACCUGGAACCCUCUUUAAGAAGUUUAUGAUGAUGCACAAGCUUUAAAGAAGAGAGCCAUAAUUUUAAUGAUCAAGACACAGGAAUCAGAAUAAUAAAGAGCAUUGGACUAAUGGAACAAGAAUGUUGGUUUAAUUAAGGAAGUAGAAAGAUGCAAAUGCGUCAUAGGAUUGUUUGGAUUUAUAGGUUUACAUAUCAAGAAUAACAUUGCACCUUUGAAACCAGAUGAAGAAUCAUAAAAGAAAGAAAAAGCAUUGCUUAGACUUAUUGGUAAUUUUGAUAGCAACUUAAGAUAUUUCUUUAUGAAAUGGUAUAAUGAUGGAAAAUUGUUGAAAUUAUAGGGAGCUAUGAAUGAAGAGAAGAAGAAAUUGUUAUUAGAAGCUAUCAAUAAUUUCUCAAAGAAUAAUGACUUUGCAAAAUUGAGGGCAAUACUUGCUAAAUUCAAAAGAAAUUCAAGCGUCACUGCCGUUCAAGAUAGAUUCUUUGCUAAAUUGUUUGCAACAUAAUUUGGAGGUGCUAUUGUGGCUUUCUAAAAAUGGAAGAAUUUACCUGAACCAGUCAACACUGAAUAAUUAAAGAAUGCAAGAAAAUUUGAGAGAAAAUUAGAUAUUCUUUUCCACACUCACUUAAAGGUGUCAUUUGACCCAUUAAAAGAAGAUUAUAUGGAUGCUUAAAAUAUAAAGAGAAUGUGUUUAAGAAAGAUUUUUGAGAAGGGUAUGAGUGCUCAUAAAAGAUUAUUCUUACUUUGGGCAUAAUAAAAUAGAUAAGCUAAAUAAAUUGAAUUGUGCAAACUAACUACAAGUUUAUUUGUUGGUUUAGCUUAAAUUGUAACUGCAAAUGUUUAACCAAUCAUGUAAAAUCCUCGAGAAGCAUAAGCUAAAGAAAAAGCUCUUCAUUUGAUAUUCCAAGGUUAAGCUGAAAACUUAAGCAGAGCUUUCUUCUUGUGGAGAAAUAAAACUUAAUAGGAUAGAAUGCAUUAGAACUUUGAAGAUGCUUUAACAGUUGAGAAGAAAAAACAAUUGACAGAAUAAUUAGUAUAAUUUGAACAUGGCAAUAAAUUCGCUCUGUAUAGAGCAAUUCUUGCAAAAUUUUCGUUAGCUCAUAAGAAAGACAAACUGAUUCUUUAAAUUAACUCAAGAAUGUUAAAAACUCAAUUAGGAGCAGUUUGGGAUACAUUUAACAAAUGGAAGAAUCUUCCUGAGGCUAAUGCUGAAGAAUUAAUUAAAGCAAGCAAAUUUGAAGCAUAAUUAAAUAAAUUUGCUCUUCAUAUAUGGAGGAAGAGAACCUGGAACCCUCUUUAAGAAGUUUAUGAUGAUGCACAAGCUUUAAAGAAGAGAGCCAUAAUUUUAAUGAUCAAGACACAGGAAUCAGAAUAAUAAAGAGCAUUGGACUAAUGGAACAAGAAUGUUGGUUUAAUUAAGGAAGUAGAAAGAUGCAAAUGCGUCAUAGGAUUGUUUGGAUUUAUAGGUUUACAUAUCAAGAAUAACAUUGCACCUUUGAAACCAGAUGAAGAAUCAUAAAAGAAAGAAAAAGCAUUGCUUAGACUUAUUGGUAAUUUUGAUAGCAACUUAAGAUAUUUCUUUAUGAAAUGGUAUAAUGAUGGAAAAUUGUUGAAAUUAUAGGGAGCUAUGAAUGAAGAGAAGAAGAAAUUGUUAUUAGAAGCUAUCAAUAAUUUCUCAAAGAAUAAUGACUUUGCAAAAUUGAGGGCAAUACUUGCUAAAUUCAAAAGAAAUUCAAGCGUCACUGCCGUUCAAGAUAGAUUCUUUGCUAAAUUGUUUGCAACAUAAUUUGGAGGUGCUAUUGUGGCUUUCUAAAAAUGGAAGAAUUUACCUGAACCAGUCAACACUGAAUAAUUAAAGAAUGCAAGAAAAUUUGAGAGAAAAUUAGAUAUUCUUUUCCACACUCACUUAAAGGUGUCAUUUGACCCAUUAAAAGAAGAUUAUAUGGAUGCUUAAAAUAUAAAGAGAAUGUGUUUAAGAAAGAUUUUUGAGAAGGGUAUGAGUGCUCAUAAAAGAUUAUUCUUACUUUGGGCAUAAUAAAAUAGAUAAGCUAAAUAAAUUGAAUUGUGCAAACUAACUACAAGUUUAUUUGUUGGUUUAGCUUAAAUUGUAACUGCAAAUGUUUAACCAAUCAUGUAAAAUCCUCGAGAAGCAUAAGCUAAAGAAAAAGCUCUUCAUUUGAUAUUCCAAGGUUAAGCUGAAAACUUAAGCAGAGCUUUCUUCUUGUGGAGAAAUAAAACUUAAUAGGAUAGAAUGCAUUAGAACUUUGAAGAUGCUUUAACAGUUGAGAAGAAAAAACAAUUGACAGAAUAAUUAGUAUAAUUUGAACAUGGCAAUAAAUUCGCUCUGUAUAGAGCAAUUCUUGCAAAAUUUUCGUUAGCUCAUAAGAAAGACAAACUGAUUCUUUAAAUUAACUCAAGAAUGUUAAAAACUCAAUUAGGAGCAGUUUGGGAUACAUUUAACAAAUGGAAGAAUCUUCCUGAGGCUAAUGCUGAAGAAUUAAUUAAAGCAAGCAAAUUUGAAGCAUAAUUAAAUAAAUUUGCUCUUCAUAUAUGGAGGAAGAGAACCUGGAACCCUCUUUAAGAAGUUUAUGAUGAUGCACAAGCUUUAAAGAAGAGAGCCAUAAUUUUAAUGAUCAAGACACAGGAAUCAGAAUAAUAAAGAGCAUUGGACUAAUGGAACAAGAAUGUUGGUUUAAUUAAGGAAGUAGAAAGAUGCAAAUGCGUCAUAGGAUUGUUUGGAUUUAUAGGUUUACAUAUCAAGAAUAACAUUGCACCUUUGAAACCAGAUGAAGAAUCAUAAAAGAAAGAAAAAGCAUUGCUUAGACUUAUUGGUAAUUUUGAUAGCAACUUAAGAUAUUUCUUUAUGAAAUGGUAUAAUGAUGGAAAAUUGUUGAAAUUAUAGGGAGCUAUGAAUGAAGAGAAGAAGAAAUUGUUAUUAGAAGCUAUCAAUAAUUUCUCAAAGAAUAAUGACUUUGCAAAAUUGAGGGCAAUACUUGCUAAAUUCAAAAGAAAUUCAAGCGUCACUGCCGUUCAAGAUAGAUUCUUUGCUAAAUUGUUUGCAACAUAAUUUGGAGGUGCUAUUGUGGCUUUCUAAAAAUGGAAGAAUUUACCUGAACCAGUCAACACUGAAUAAUUAAAGAAUGCAAGAAAAUUUGAGAGAAAAUUAGAUAUUCUUUUCCACACUCACUUAAAGGUGUCAUUUGACCCAUUAAAAGAAGAUUAUAUGGAUGCUUAAAAUAUAAAGAGAAUGUGUUUAAGAAAGAUUUUUGAGAAGGGUAUGAGUGCUCAUAAAAGAUUAUUCUUACUUUGGGCAUAAUAAAAUAGAUAAGCUAAAUAAAUUGAAUUGUGCAAACUAACUACAAGUUUAUUUGUUGGUUUAGCUUAAAUUGUAACUGCAAAUGUUUAACCAAUCAUGUAAAAUCCUCGAGAAGCAUAAGCUAAAGAAAAAGCUCUUCAUUUGAUAUUCCAAGGUUAAGCUGAAAACUUAAGCAGAGCUUUCUUCUUGUGGAGAAAUAAAACUUAAUAGGAUAGAAUGCAUUAGAACUUUGAAGAUGCUUUAACAGUUGAGAAGAAAAAACAAUUGACAGAAUAAUUAGUAUAAUUUGAACAUGGCAAUAAAUUCGCUCUGUAUAGAGCAAUUCUUGCAAAAUUUUCGUUAGCUCAUAAGAAAGACAAACUGAUUCUUUAAAUUAACUCAAGAAUGUUAAAAACUCAAUUAGGAGCAGUUUGGGAUACAUUUAACAAAUGGAAGAAUCUUCCUGAGGCUAAUGCUGAAGAAUUAAUUAAAGCAAGCAAAUUUGAAGCAUAAUUAAAUAAAUUUGCUCUUCAUAUAUGGAGGAAGAGAACCUGGAACCCUCUUUAAGAAGUUUAUGAUGAUGCACAAGCUUUAAAGAAGAGAGCCAUAAUUUUAAUGAUCAAGACACAGGAAUCAGAAUAAUAAAGAGCAUUGGACUAAUGGAACAAGAAUGUUGGUUUAAUUAAGGAAGUAGAAAGAUGCAAAUGCGUCAUAGGAUUGUUUGGAUUUAUAGGUUUACAUAUCAAGAAUAACAUUGCACCUUUGAAACCAGAUGAAGAAUCAUAAAAGAAAGAAAAAGCAUUGCUUAGACUUAUUGGUAAUUUUGAUAGCAACUUAAGAUAUUUCUUUAUGAAAUGGUAUAAUGAUGGAAAAUUGUUGAAAUUAUAGGGAGCUAUGAAUGAAGAGAAGAAGAAAUUGUUAUUAGAAGCUAUCAAUAAUUUCUCAAAGAAUAAUGACUUUGCAAAAUUGAGGGCAAUACUUGCUAAAUUCAAAAGAAAUUCAAGCGUCACUGCCGUUCAAGAUAGAUUCUUUGCUAAAUUGUUUGCAACAUAAUUUGGAGGUGCUAUUGUGGCUUUCUAAAAAUGGAAGAAUUUACCUGAACCAGUCAACACUGAAUAAUUAAAGAAUGCAAGAAAAUUUGAGAGAAAAUUAGAUAUUCUUUUCCACACUCACUUAAAGGUGUCAUUUGACCCAUUAAAAGAAGAUUAUAUGGAUGCUUAAAAUAUAAAGAGAAUGUGUUUAAGAAAGAUUUUUGAGAAGGGUAUGAGUGCUCAUAAAAGAUUAUUCUUACUUUGGGCAUAAUAAAAUAGAUAAGCUAAAUAAAUUGAAUUGUGCAAACUAACUACAAGUUUAUUUGUUGGUUUAGCUUAAAUUGUAACUGCAAAUGUUUAACCAAUCAUGUAAAAUCCUCGAGAAGCAUAAGCUAAAGAAAAAGCUCUUCAUUUGAUAUUCCAAGGUUAAGCUGAAAACUUAAGCAGAGCUUUCUUCUUGUGGAGAAAUAAAACUUAAUAGGAUAGAAUGCAUUAGAACUUUGAAGAUGCUUUAACAGUUGAGAAGAAAAAACAAUUGACAGAAUAAUUAGUAUAAUUUGAACAUGGCAAUAAAUUCGCUCUGUAUAGAGCAAUUCUUGCAAAAUUUUCGUUAGCUCAUAAGAAAGACAAACUGAUUCUUUAAAUUAACUCAAGAAUGUUAAAAACUCAAUUAGGAGCAGUUUGGGAUACAUUUAACAAAUGGAAGAAUCUUCCUGAGGCUAAUGCUGAAGAAUUAAUUAAAGCAAGCAAAUUUGAAGCAUAAUUAAAUAAAUUUGCUCUUCAUAUAUGGAGGAAGAGAACCUGGAACCCUCUUUAAGAAGUUUAUGAUGAUGCACAAGCUUUAAAGAAGAGAGCCAUAAUUUUAAUGAUCAAGACACAGGAAUCAGAAUAAUAAAGAGCAUUGGACUAAUGGAACAAGAAUGUUGGUUUAAUUAAGGAAGUAGAAAGAUGCAAAUGCGUCAUAGGAUUGUUUGGAUUUAUAGGUUUACAUAUCAAGAAUAACAUUGCACCUUUGAAACCAGAUGAAGAAUCAUAAAAGAAAGAAAAAGCAUUGCUUAGACUUAUUGGUAAUUUUGAUAGCAACUUAAGAUAUUUCUUUAUGAAAUGGUAUAAUGAUGGAAAAUUGUUGAAAUUAUAGGGAGCUAUGAAUGAAGAGAAGAAGAAAUUGUUAUUAGAAGCUAUCAAUAAUUUCUCAAAGAAUAAUGACUUUGCAAAAUUGAGGGCAAUACUUGCUAAAUUCAAAAGAAAUUCAAGCGUCACUGCCGUUCAAGAUAGAUUCUUUGCUAAAUUGUUUGCAACAUAAUUUGGAGGUGCUAUUGUGGCUUUCUAAAAAUGGAAGAAUUUACCUGAACCAGUCAACACUGAAUAAUUAAAGAAUGCAAGAAAAUUUGAGAGAACAUUAGAUUUACUGUUCAGAGGCAGACUUAAGGCAUCCUUAGAACCAUUAAAAGAUGUAUAUCAAGAUGGCAAUAGCAAAAAGUUAUAUUGCCUCAGGAAAUUAUUUACUCUUGCUAUGGGCUAAAAUAAAAGAUUAUUUUUAUAUUGGCGAGACAUUAAUAAAUUACAUAAAUCAAUAGAAACAUGUAAAUAUACAACAAAUCUAUUUUAAACUCUUGCUCUUACGUUAGCAGGACAUGUCUAAACAAUAUUUAAGCCUAAUAAAAAAUAAGAAAGUGUUUUGAAUAAAAUGUUAAUGAAUUACAACAAUUCUUUAAGAUGGGCUUUUGUCCAUUGGAAUAAUUAAGCCAAGUAAUCUAAAAUUUAAUCUUAACUUGAUGAUGAAAAGAAAAAGUUGUUAUUAUUUGCUCUCCAUAGAAAUUUAAGAACAAAUGAUCAAGGCAAAUUAAGAGAUAUUUUAAGAAAGUUUGAAUAGGCAAGAUAAAAAUAAGCUUUAAUAAAAAAAAUAUAAAUUUAAUUAUUGCAUACUUUAGUAGGGUAAAUUGAGGUUUCCUUCUAAAAAUGGAAAGCUUUACCUGAAAAUAAAGAAUUAGAUCUAAUGAAAGCGAGUGUCUUUGAAAAAUCUCUUAAUCGAUUCAAAAUUCACAUGGUGAGAAAAACAACUUUCAAUCAAUUAUAAAAUAUUUAUCUUGAUGGAUAGGCAAAAUAAAAGUACGCUGUAAAUAAAAUGUUAUAUAAUUGUAUGAGCGCUUAAAAGAAAGCAUUUUUAAAAUGGUACAAAAUUGUUGAAUUUAGCAGAGCGGCUGAAGCUUUUAAUAUAUCAGAUAAGAAGAAACUUGCAAUUCAAUUAUUCUACUAACAUAAAAUGAACUAGCUAAAUGUUGCUUUUGUGGAAUGGAAACGCUUAUCAUCAAAUUUGACAAAUAAAAAGGAGUCUGCUUAAGAAAGAGAAAUUAGAUUGAAGAGAGAGGCAAUUUUAUUAUUCUAAAAUUUUGCCUAAAUAAAAUUAAGAAUAUAUUUCUAAAGAUGGAAUAUUAGAGCUGUUAAGAAGAAUAUGAUCUCAGUAUUUAAUGCAAUUUAAAAAUUACUUCUAUUCAGUAUGAAGCAGGAUAGAGAAUUAAUGAAAGAAGCAUUGAAUAUUUGGAGAGGACCUAAACUAUAAAAUUAAUGGUUCUAGAGAGUAGCUGAAAUGAUUGCAAAGAAUACAAGAAUCACUCCUUAAAUCGCUUUUUGGAGAAUGAGAGACAAUGCAACUACUUAAAGAGCAGUCAGCUUGAAUACUUUAUAAAUAGUUAAAUGCAAAAAGUUGAUAAAUAAUUUAUUAAAGGCAUAUGACAGAGUUAGAUAAAGAGCAUUUACUAAUAUUGAACAUUUUGGAAGAGGAAUUACUGAUGCAAGUUCAUUCUAACCAUCACAUUCAAGUUUCUUAUAAUAAACCCCUGUAAGAGAUUCAUUAGCGAAAUCUUAAGUGGAAUCAAUUUUAUUAAAGAAUAGUCAAUAAGUAGCACUCAAUACAUUGUAAAGAGUGUUCCGUAGACAUUUGAAAUUAAGAUUCACUGAGUUAGUACUAAUAACUUCAUAAUGUUAAAAAUUAGGUGAAUAAAUGUUGAAGAGUUCAAUUUAAUCAACCCAGUAUAAAUUCAUUCAUAGAAAAAUGGCAACUGAGAAAUUGAUUGGCAUAAUAGAGAGAAAUGUCUAAUUAAAAGAAUUAGUAUUUUUCAAUUCAAUAGCUAAUGUAUAAUAUUUAAUUUAAAUAUUAGUAAUCUGAUCCUGAUUUGCUGAAAAGAAUGAAUGAAUUAAUUGAAGAAAAUAGUAGAUUAAGAGACUAAGCAACUAAUGAUGAGACGAUUAAUUCUAAAGAUUAAUAAAUCUCAGAAUAGUAAAGAUUAAUUUAAGAUUUAAAUACAAGACUUGAUAGAAUGAGAGGUUAAAGGUAUAUAAUAAUAAUAUCAUAAUAGGAUAAUAAAAUCUUUAGAAGAUUAUGAGGAUCAUUUAGUUGAAGAUGGGUUUUUAGCAAUUAAAGAGAAUAAAAGAAAUUGA